AUUGUUAAUAUGAAGAACUCGAGUCGAUUUGCUUAAAACUGCGACGUGGAAAGUUUGAAAGUGUGCGCUACGUGACAACAUCACGAGGGCCUACAGGCCACCGUUUACCUGUUCCACGGUCUUCCCUGGACCAUGUGUGUGUGAGGAGUAGGACACUUGAGUAUAUUACAGGUUAGAGCAGUGAAGGACAGGAGAAAGAAGACGUGGAAGCGAUGGACGGAGCCCUGGCUGUUGUUUUAAUCUCUGUCGCGAUGUUUGUGGGAUGUUUUCUGCUCGGACUCAUUCCAUUACUUAUCAACUUCUCCCAGCAGAAACAGAAGUUUAUUACAGUGCUGGGGGCGGGGCUUCUGUGUGGCACCGCCCUCGCGAUUAUUAUUCCGGAGGGGGUGGAGCUACUGGAGGGGUCAUUCAGAGAUUCAUUUUGCUCGAUUGUAACAACUAAGCUGAAUGCCUCCGAUUCAAAUUCUACUCUCAAGCCUUCCACAGAGAAAGGACUGCGUCCACAUGUCUUCAUUGGAGCAUCACUGGUCCUGGGGUUCACACUGAUGUUUGUGGUUGAUCAGAUUGCUGACUACUGCUCUGCACGCGCUUCACAGAGCGUAUACACUGGCAGCACCACAGCAACUCUGGGUCUCCUCAUUCACGCAGCAGCUGAUGGUAUGGCUCUAGGUGCAGCUGUUGCAUCGUCUCAAGUGUCAGUUCAGGUCAUUGUCUUCUUUGCUGUGAUUUUGCACAAGGCUCCAGCUGCGUUCGGUCUCGUCUCAUUCCUCAUGCACGCAGGUUUGGAUCGAAGUACAAUUCAGAAGCAUUUGCUGGCUUUUUCAUGUGCAGCGCCUCUGACGGCAAUCAGCACCUACUUCAUCCUAAUUGCGACGGGUGGAUCGUCAGAGCACCGUCUCGGAGCGACAGGAAUCGGCAUGCUGGUCUCGGCUGGGACUUUCCUUUACGUGGCUACGGUGCAUGUGCUGCCUGAGAUUAACAGCAGAGGACAGCAGCGAGCCAGUCACGUCCACCACCAUCCAGAAACAGGAGCGUACCAUCACACAGGACUCGGCUUAAUGGAAAGCAUCACUCUGGUCGCUGGAGCUGGACUUCCUGUGCUCUUAGCCCUCGGAUUACCUGACGAUUGAAGAACUGUUACGUUGCCAAAGAUUAUCUGUGAGAUUGAAUGUAUUUUAAAUGCAUUUUAGACUUGAUAAUGCUCAAUGAGUAUGAUUAUUUAUGAUUAUCUUUGUUUUUUUGUUCCCCCAUUUUUGUAGUCGUUUGGCAACCCUUAUACAGGCAUGACCAAUCCCAAUCCCUAACUGAGGUUUUAUAUAUCAAGUGCACUAGCCAUAUUUAAUUUCACUGUUAUGGUCAUUUACAGUGCUGUGUCCAGGAAUACAGAAACAAUAAACACAUUUUUUGUCACGCA